CGGAACUCCGCGCAUCGCCAGCACCAGCAGUAACUCUCAGAAAUCAGCUGUCGUUCGACAGCAUCGGUUUCUUGGGCACGUUCCGGUUCCAUUGUCACAUUUGUCUGGUUAAUACAGGUUCUACCUGAGAGUAUCUUACCUAAGCUUUGCCACAGCUUCUCCGUUGCGUCGCGUCCAGUUGUUUCAGCAGUGCCAAGCCGUUGCUUCCAGCUCGACCAGGCUACAGACGGCAAGCAGCCAGCUGUCAAAUAAGCACACAUCCAACCCAUCCUUCACCAUCCACAGUCUUUAUCGCCUCUAUGCAUCAUGCGGUAUAACACAGGCCUGCUGCUGCCGGCGCUAUUGGCACUCGUGCCCUCUAUCGCGGCCAAGAAGGACACGCCGCUCGUCGAGACCACUCCAUUCAAGAACGAGCUUGUGAACAUCCUCUACUUCGACGAUUCUACGGUCGCAUUACUGCAGGAGCUCGAGAGUGGGAGGAUAUGGAGAUCAGAAGAUGCUGGAAAGGGUUGGAAGCAGGAGAAAGAACUGAACGGAGCUGGUAUCCUCAAGAAUCCGUACGACAAUAAGGUUGCCACAGUUCUGGGCGAGACGAAUCACUGGAUCACCUUCGACCAGGGAGAGACUUGGAAGUCCUUUAAAACCGAGCUGCCUCCUUCGCCAGACACACCUCUGAGCUGGCAUGCGACAGAUAACAAGAAGAUCUUGGUCAACGAGAUCGAGAACUGCUUCACUGCGCCAUGUCUCGGACGUACAUUUUAUACCACCGAUGGCUUCAAGUCAGAACCCAAGGUUCUUAUCGAAGACCGCCGCAUGUGCCAAUGGGCAAAGGGCUCCGAGAGGUUCCUUUUGGACAGCGAUAAACACGAUGACCGCGUCUUGUGUAUCACAAGAGGCAAAUACUCGGACAGAACGAAGGAUUUCAGGUUGCUGCACUCCGAUAACUACUUCAAAGAUUUCGACGAGCCAGUUAUGUCCUCUGGGCGCACUGUGCAAGGCAUGGCGAACAUGGCAGCUGUGAAAGGCUACAUCGUUGCUGCUGCGAAGGCUGAUCACUCGAGCGAACUCACUCUCUAUGUCACCACCGAUACCGAUACCUGGCAUCAUGCUGAAUUUGGCGAUCACAAAGUCGAACAAGACGCAUACACGAUCCUCGAGUCGACGAACUACAGUAUCCAGGUCGAUGUCAUGACAUCGAAGUACACUGCGAUGGGCUCACUAUAUACGAGCAAUUCGAACGGUACAUACUUCACAAAGAACGUCGAGCAUAUGAACCGUAAUGAGCGAGGCUAUGUAGACUUCGAGAAGAUCGCCAACAUACAGGGUGUGGUAAUGGUUAAUGUUGUGGACAACUGGGAAGAUUAUGAGAAGAAGGGUUCCACUAAGAAAUUGAAGUCGAGGAUCAGCUUUGACGACGGCAGGACCUUUGAGAAACUGCGGAUCAAGGACAAAGACAAGGAGCUUCACCUUCACUCUGUCACAAACCUCCACAACAGUGGGCGCGUUUUCUCCAGCCUAGCCCCUGGUAUGGUUAUGGGUGUAGGCAACACUGGAGAUCAGCUGGGCAAAUACACCGACGGCGAUUUGUAUGUCUCAGACGAUGCCGGUCUAACCUGGGAACUCGCUCUCGAAGAAGCUCACAAGUACGAAUUUGGUGACCAAGGGUCAAUUCUGGUAGCAGUUUUCGACGAAGGCGACACUGAUAAGGUCAUGUAUUCCCUCAAGCAUGGGCGCAAAGAUACUUGGAAAGAGAUCGACAUCGGCUACAAAUUCCGCGCCCGCGAGCUAACUACUCUGCCUGAUUCAACAAGCCAGAAGUUCAUGCUCUACGCGUCUAGUAAAAAGGAUGGCGGCGGUCGUGAACAUGUCAUUAUCCACCUCGACUUUUCCGAACUUCACGAACGGAAGUGUGAAGACAAGGAUUUUGAAGAGUGGUCAGUUCGCAAGGAGGAUGAUGGCAAGCCAAGUUGCGUCAUGGGCCAUAAGCAACUAUUCAAGAGGCGCAAAUGGGACGCCGACUGCUUCGUAUCUGAGCCAUUCAAGGACCCCACACCACGCUUCGAGGCCUGCGAGUGCGACGCCGGCAGAGACUAUGAAUGCGAUGUCAACUUCACACCAAGUGGCGAGGGCAAGGACAAGAAAUGCGAGCCUUCCGACCAGGUCAGACUACCAAAGGGUGCUUGCGCAGGAGAUGCCAAGACGUACAAGGGUAGUUCAGGAUGGAGAAAGAUUCCAGGCAAUCAGUGCAAAGGCGAGACCGAGCUCGAUAAAGAGAUUGAAAGGCCGUGCGGCGAUGCCGAGAGACCUCCACCGAAGAACGACAAGAUCACCAGUGAGAUCACCAAGUUCAAGGGUAGCAACUUCAUGGAGCACUACUAUCUUGAGCGUGACACUCAGAAUAGGGACGAUCGCGAUAAUGCCAGGGAUCGUGACGAGACCAUCGUCCUACUGACCUCGGAACGCGAGGCUUACAUCACCCACGAUCACGGCAAGAAGUGGAAGAAGGCCGUCGAUGAGGAAAUCGUACGAAUCUACCCCCAUACCUACGAGAACAACUACGUCUACUUCUUGACGGCUUCGAAAAAGGUGUUCUAUUCGGAAGACCGCGGCCUAAAGGAUAGUAUUCACAGUUUUGAGGCUCCUGUCAUGCCGAACACGCAGAUGCUUCAAAUCUUACAAUUUCACCCGAAUCAGAAGGGCUGGCUCAUCUGGCUCGGUGGUGAACAUUGUGAGAAGCUGGGCGACAAAGACUGCCACACUGUUUCAUACGUCUCGCAGAAGAACGGUGUUUCUGGAAGCUGGGAGGCCAUGCUUCCUUACGUGAAGAAAUGCGCCUUUGUCUGGCGUGAGGCCGGACGCGACGUCAAAGAAGAGCAAGUCUUUUGUGAACAGUACACCAAAGAGGAGAUGGGCGCUCCCAUCGAACUCGUCUCGAGUGAUGACUGGUUCAAGAAGAAAGAUGUCAAGUUCGAAUCGGUCGUUGAAUUUGCAACAAUGUCUGAAUUCAUCAUCAUCGCGACCAAGGGCAAGGAUGGCAAGACUUUGGAACUGUCGACCAGUCUGGAUGCCAACCACUUCGCCGAAGCCAAAUUCCCUCCCAAAUUCAACGUCGACCACCAGACAGCCUACACUGUGCUUGACAGUUCCACUCACUCCAUCUUUCUCCAUGUCACUGUCAAUCCUCGUCCAGACCAAGAAUACGGUUCGAUCAUUAAAAGUAACAGCAAUGGCACAUCCUACGUCAUGAGCUUGAACGGCGUCAACCGCAACACUGAGGGCUACGUCGAUUUUGAGAAGAUGCAGGGUCUGGAAGGUGUUGCUCUCGCCAACGUAGUUACAAACAUCAACGAGGUCAACAAUGGCGCCAAGAAGAAGAAGCAGACGCGCAUCACUCACAACGACGGCUCCGAAUGGACGCCUCUCGAGGCCCCAGGGAAAGAUUCAGAGGGCAACAGCUUCUCCUGCGAUGUGUCAAACUCUGAGAAGUGUGGGUUGCACAUUCACGGAUAUACGGAACGCUCAGACCCCCGCGAGACGUACUCUUCUCCUACAGCUGUUGGUCUCAUGCUCGGUGUGGGCAAUGUUGGUCCAGAGCUGGGCACUCUUGGCGAGGCCAGCACAUUCAUGACCACUGAUGCUGGUAUCACAUGGAAAGAGAUUAAGAAGGGCGCCUACGCUUGGGAAUUUGGUGAUCAGGGUUCAGUCAUCGUCAUUGUACGCCGUGGCGAAGACACAGAUCAUCUGUACUACUCACUCGACAGCGGCGAAAAGUGGAACCUGUACAAGUUCGCAGAACACGCAGUCCGAGUGGAUGCCAUCACCACAGUCCCUAGCGACACGUCACUCAAUUUUUUGUUAUGGGGCAAGGAUGGCAAGGAACUGGUUGCCAUCAAUGUCGAUUUCUCUGGAUUGGAAGAAUUUACCAAGAAGUGUAACCUCGAUGAGAAGAACCCCGCUAAUGGCGACUACGAUCUCUGGGUGCCCCAACAUCCCCUGCAGGACGACCAGCAGUGCUUGUUUGGUCACGUAGCAGAGUAUCAUCGUAAGAAGCGCGACGCCAAAUGCAGGAACGGUGAGCGCAUUGAUCAUAUGCACGAGAUUCAACGCAAUUGCACCUGCACACGCCGCGACUUCGAAUGCGCCUACAAUUACGAGCGCCAGCCUGGAGGCGAAUGCAAGCUCAUCCCUGGCCUCACUCUUGAAGACCCUAAGGCUGUUUGUAAAAAGGGCGCGCGAGAGUACUGGGAUAACAGCCCCUACCGCAAGAUUCCACUCUCAACUUGCGAUGGCGGUCAGGAGUUUGACCAUGUAGGCACCGUGUAUCCUUGUCCUGGCUUCGAAGAGGAGUUUGAGAAGAAGCACGGUAUUGGCGGGUUUGCCCUUUUCCUUGCGAUCGUUCUGCCGUUCGCAGCAGCUGGUGGCAUUGGGUACUACGUCUGGAGAAAUUGGAGCGGAAUGGGCAAGUUUGGCGCUAUCCGUCUGGGUGACUCUGGAAGUGGGUUCGACUCAGAUGCGCCCUGGAUCAAGUAUCCGGUCGCUGCUGUCAGUGGGCUCGUGGCUAUCAUCGCUGCUAUCCCCAUGCUUGUUGGCAGUCUGUGGAGAAUGGUAUCUGGUGGCAGGGGUGGUGGUGGCUAUGGGGGUCGGACCUACACGAGCAGAAGCUCUUUCGCAAGAGGCAGAGGCGACUACGCCGUCGUUGAUCCGGACGAAGGCGAGCUCUUGGGCGACGAGAGCGACGAGGAAGUUUAGGUUGUCAUGUCAGUAUGAUUAGCAUUCAGUUGAUAGUAGUUAGGAGGAUUCAAGAUCGGCGUAGGCUCAGAUGAUGAUGAAGUCGGGUUGGAACGUUAGUGUGUACAUUUUCCCUGUAACAUUUCAAUCUGUGGCAUCGUUGAA